GUGGUUACGCGGCGUAGUCCUCAUGUCACCCGCAGCGCCAGGCCGCCACACACCGCUCGCUGCUGUCUCUGCUCCUUCCCAAGCACGCCCCCGGAGCAGCCCGCACUGCGCAUGCGCGGGGAACCGCUCCCGUCUCACGGGAUAGGCAGAUCUCGCGGCAUCUACUCUGGACUGACACCCGGAAGUCUCAUCCGGUAACCGAUCUCGGACCCUCAGAUCGAAUAUUCUGCGCCCGAUGACCGGAGACUACAUAUAGGGGUAUAUAAUACACCUCCGCCGGGAGCCUGGUCCCUGUCUCCGCUACACACAGCCCUGUAUCCAACAGCUCACCUGCUGAGCCCAGAGCCUGAAUCUAAUUUGGAAGCAAGGCUGAAAAAGCAAACAAAUGUUUUACCAAGAAUGAGAGAGGAAUGAGAGGUUCCAUGCCCGGACUCCAGAUAUUCCUGCGUUCACUCCAUCUGCCAGCGGCAGGUUACACAUGGGUUGGAUUGUCAUUAUGAAUCGGAUGAGCUCUCCUGGGAAUGCCACCUCGCAGCGCAGGAGACUGAUCUUCGGCAUACUGAUAUUACUGCUGGUGGAUGUCAUCUGGGUCGCUUCCUCUGAGUUGACUUCAUACAUAUUCCAGGAAUUCAACAAACCUUUCUUUAGCACAUUCGCGAAAACCUCCAUGUUUGUGUUGUAUCUCCUGGGUUUUGCUGUAUGGCGACCGUGGAGACAGCAGUGUAGUAAACGCCUGCGCGGUAGACACACAACUCUGUUUGCAGAUGCUGAAGGUUAUUUCACUGCCUGCGCUGCAGACAACUCCCUGAAUCACACCCUGAGUGAACCCCUGUACGUCCCGGUGAAAUUUCAUGACUUACAGAAUGAAAAAGUUUUGAUGUCCACUAAUCAGAAUAAUGAGAAACAAAAGUCUGAGAAAAAGCCUCGUGUCAGGUUCAGCAAUCUAAUGGAAGUCAGACAGCUCCCGUCAAGUCAAGCUUUGGAGGCCAAACUAUCCCGCAUGUCGCACCCUAUAGUCCGAGAUAGUGAGCCGGGCCUGAGGACAAGUGGAAAGUUCACGGUCUGCCAAGUAGCAAAGAUUAGUUUCUUCUUCUGCUUUGUGUGGUUCUUGGCAAAUUAUUCCUAUCAAGAAGCGCUUUCCGACACGCAAGUCGCAAUAGUGAACAUCAUUUCCUCCACGUCGGGUCUCUUCACGUUGAUCCUGGCCUCUGUCUUUCCAAGCAACAGCGGGGAUCGGUUCACACUUUCCAAAUUAUUGGCGGUUGUUUUGAGCAUUGGAGGUGUGGUGCUUGUUAGCUUGUCUGGCACUGAUAAUUCAAGAGACAAAGAUACUAUAGGUUCCCUGUGGUCCCUGCUUGGGGCGAUGCUUUAUGCAGUGUACAUUGUCAUGAUAAAGAGGAAAGUGGAUCGGGAGGAUAAACUGGACAUACCCAUGUUUUUCGGGUUCGUUGGACUCUUUAAUCUCCUGUUACUGUGGCCGGGCUUUUUUCUCUUGCACUACACCAAUUUCGAGGCCUUUGAGUUUCCUAAUAAACUAGUCUGGAUGUACCUGGUCAUCAACGGCCUCGUGGGCACCGUAUUGUCAGAGUUUCUCUGGUUAUGGGGCUGUUUCCUGACCUCCUCCCUCAUUGGCACGCUGGCUCUGAGCCUCACUAUACCUCUCUCCAUCAUUGCAGAUAUCUGCAUGCAGAAGGUGAGUUUCUCUUGGGUGUUCUUUGCCGGUGCCCUGCCGGUCUUUGUGUCGUUCUUCAUCGUGACCCUGCUCUGCCACUAUAAUAACUGGGAUCCAGUCAUGGUCGGAGUGCGCAGGAUCUUUGCCUUUAUAUGCAGGAAGCAUCGGAUAACCAGGACCUCGGAGGACACAGAGCAGAGCGAGAGCCUGAUCCCCCUGCACAGUGUCUGCCCAGAGGACGGUACAAGUAGCUGCUCGUAGCUCAGUGACAAUCUGCAAGGACUCCAGGUUCUGCUCUAGCAUCCGCCUGCCUUAAUGAGCCGCGUGGCAGCUGCUUCACCCUUUUUAUUGUAUUUGUCUUUGGUUGCAAUUCUGUACAGCUGUAUAUGAAGUGUAAAGUAUUAUAUUAAUGAUGCCAUGUUGGGCUCUGAGUGUCUCAUGUGCAAGUGUCAUGUUCUGGUUACCCUUCUAUUGAGUCAGGCUCAGAGCUGAUUUUAAUUUAUUCUUCCAUACUAUCCUGUUGCUUGUGAUUGUCAUGUUUGUGUCUCUGAGUGCUGUGUGCGCGUGUGGCUCAUUCACUGUCCUGGGAGUGGGUGUCUCUCAUUAUCUCUCCUGGGAGUGUGAGUCUCUGUAUUGUUCUCAUUCUGUCUCCUGGGAGUGUGAGUCUGUGUGUUGCUCUCAUUCACUGUCCUGGGAGUGGGUGUCUCUCAUUAUCUCUCCUGGGAGUGUGAGUCUCUGUAUUGUUCUCAUUCUGUCUCCUGGGAGUGUGAGUCUGUGUGUUGCUCUCAUUCACUGUCCUUGGAGUGGGUGUCUCUCAUUAUUUCUCCUGGGAGUGUGAGUCUCUGUAUUGUUCUCAUUCUGUCUCCUGGGAGUGUGAGUCUGUAUGUUGCUCUCAUUCACUGUCCUGGGAGUGUGAGUCUCUGUGUUUCGUUAUCUCUCUUGGGAGUGUGAGUCUCUGCGUUUCGUUAUCUCUCCUGGGAGUGUGAGUCUGUGUGUUGCUCUCAUUCUCUCUCCCGGGAGUGUGAGUCUCUGUGUUGUGCUCGUUCUCUAUUCUGGGAGUGUGAGUCUCUGUUUCGUUAUCUCUCCCGGGAGUGUGAGUCGGUGUGUUGCUCUAAAUCUCCAUCCUGGGAAAGUGAGUGUUUGUUUUGCUCUUAUUCUGUAUCCUGGGAGAGUGAGUCUGUGUGUUGCUCUCAUUCUCGCUCCUGGGGGUGUGAGUCUUUGUUUCAUUAUCUCUCCUGGGAGUGUGAGUCUGUGUGUUGCUCUUAUUCUCUGUCCUUGGAGAGUGAGUCUUUGUGUUGCUCUCAUUCUCUCUCCUGGGGGCGAGUGAGUCUGUGUGUUGCUCUCAUUCUCUACCUUGGGAGUGUGAGUCUUUGUGUUGCUCUCAUUCUCUCUCCUGGGGGCGAGUGAGUCUGUGUGUUGCUUUCAUUCUCUAUCCUGGAAGUGUGAGUCUGUGUGUUACUCUCAUUCUCUACCUUGGGAGUGUGAGUCUUUGUGUUGCUCUCAUUCUCUCUCCUGGGGGCGAGUGAGUCUGUGUGUUGCUUUCAUUCUCUAUCCUGGGAGUGUGAGUCUGUGUGUUGCUCUCAUUCUCUCUCCUUGGGGCGAGUGAGUCUGUGUGUUGCUCUCAUUCUCUCUCCUUGGGGCGAGUGAGUCUGUGUGUUGCUCUCAUUCUCUAUCCUGGGAGUGUGAGUCUGUGUGUUGCUCUCAUUCUCUCUCCUGGGGGCGAGUGAGUCUGUGUGUUGUUUCCUGGGAGUGGGUGUAUGAUUAGCCUACUCUUUUGGAAAUGUCUGUCCUUGUUUGUCCUUUUGUUGAGCGAUUGCAUCUACAUUUUCAAGUAUAAGUGGUUACAUUCUUAUAUAUGUCUUUUAUCUCUUUGCUUUCAGUACGUAUAUGUGUACAUAUUUGUAUCAUCAUGUGCGACACUAAUCAUACCCAGAUACUCCUGUAAGCAAUUAGACAUGUGACGUCUCCUCGCAGAGAGGAGCUUCGGCGUUCACAGGCACACAGCGGUACUCUGGGGUCAGCACUGAAAUAAAUGUGGGGUAAAUGCGUUUCAGGCCAUGGAAGGGAUAUGAUACAUGGAUACAGGUGAUAUAUACAGUGAGAUGUUAUGGUACAGUGAUACACGCGAUAUAAUACAGGUGGCAUCUCUUCAUAUAUGAUGAGAACAACAGGUGGCAUUUUCUGUGCGCAAACCUUGAAGAAGCCACUCAGUCGUUCUAGGCCAUACAGAAUACACACACAUGGGCCCAAAUAUAAUAACCCGCGUUUUUGUGGCACCAGCGUGAUUGCAGCUCAAUACCGUACCCGCUAGAUUUACAGUAGAAGUUAUAAGGCCAUGCCAACCUGGUUUAGCCAUUAAAGAUUUGCGUCUGUAGCAGCUAUCUCGCCGCACACACAGUGCCCACAAAUCGCUGGCUUUUACGUAUUGGGCGUGAUGUGGACUUGUCUGUGGUCUCAUCAGAAGAUCUCAAUGACUCCUGUGCAGUGAGAGAGAACGGCAUGGGGAAACAGAUUGGGCUAUUGUCUAAAUUAGUGGUUGGAUUGUGAAUAAAGAGAACUGGGCAAAGGACACGGAGGAGUAACGGGGGACAGAAGGGGCAUUCCGGGGUAGGUAAAGUCACAGGAUUUAGGAGAACCGAGGCUGGGUAGUGGCUUUACGAGAUAUUCCCAUUCAUACAAGUGCUUCUUCCUGGCAGUUCCCAGAGUGUUAGAUUGGGUCACACCAUAACACUGCCUGUAUGUGACUGGUUAGAGGCUGCAUAUAUGUGGGCAGUGAUCUGUAUAAUCCCUAUCCCAGUGUAAUGGGGUGUUCUCGACUGCCAGGAAAUCCCCAUGUGGUGUAUGCAGAGCAGGUUGUGUAUUUCCCAGGCUCCACCCUGAUAUUCCCCAUCUGAUUACCCUGUAUAGCAGAGCUCCUCACAGUGACUGUAGGAAGAGUCUGUAUUAUGGCAAUCCUUGACUCACUGCCUCACAUAGCAGAGCUCCUUGCAGUGACUGUAGGAAGAGUCUGUAUUAUGGCAGUCUUCUCUUUGUCUCGUAUUUCAGAGCUCCUCACAGUGACUGUAGGAUGAGUCUGUAUUAUGGCCGUCUUCUCUUUGUCUCGUAUAUCAGAGCUCCUCACAGUGGCUGUAGGAAGAGUCUGUAUUAUGACAGUCUUCUCGUUGUCUCGCCGAGCUCCUCACAGUGACUGUAGGAAGAGUCUGUAUUGUGGUAGUCUUCUCGUUGUCUCGUAUAUCAGAGCUCCUCACAGUGACUGUAGGAAGAGUCUGUAUUAUGGCAGUCUUCUCUUUGUCUCGUAUAUCAGAGCUCCUCACAGUGACUGUAGGAAGAGUCUGUAUUAUAGCCGCCUUCUUAUUCUCUCGUAUAUCAGCUCCUCACAGUGACUGUAGGAAGAGUCUGUAUUGUGGCCGUCUUCUUAUUCUCUCGUAUAUCAGAGCUCCUCACAGUGACUGUAGGAAGAGUCUGUAUUAUAGCCGUCUUCUCUUUGUCUCGUAUAUCGGAGCUCCUCACAGUGACUGUAGGAAGAGUCUGUAUUAUGGCAGUCUUCUCUUUGUCUCGUAUAUCAGAGCUCCUCACAGUGACUGUAGGAAGAGUCUGUAUUAUGGCAGUCUUCUCUUUGUCUCGUAUAUCAGAGCUCCUCACAGUGACUGUAGGAAGAGUCUGUAUUAUGGCAGUCUUCUCUUUGUCUCGUAUAUCAGAGCUCUUCACAGUGACUGUAGGGAGAGUCUGUAUUAUGGCCGUCUUCUCUUUGUCUCGUAUAUCAGAGCUCUUCACAGUGACUGUAGGAGGAGUCUGUAUUAUGGCAGCGUUCUAUUUGUCUCGUAUAUCAGAGCUCCUCACAGUGACUGUAGGAAGAGUCUGUAUUAUGGCCGUCUUCUCUUUGUCUCGUAUAUCAGAGCUCCUCACAGUGACUGUAGGAGGAGUCUGUAUUAUGGCCGUCUUCUAUUUGUCUCGUAUAUCAGAGCUCCUCACAGUGACUGUAGGAAGAGUCUGUAUUAUGGCCGUCUUCUUAUUCUCUCGUAUAUCAGAGCUCCUCACAGUGACUGUAGGAGGAGUCUGUAUUAUGGCCGUCUUCUCUUUGUCUCGUAUAUCAGAGCUCCUCACAGUGACUGAAGGAAGAGUCUGUAUUGUGGCAGCGUUCUCUUUGUCUCGUAUAUCAGAGCUCCUCACAGUGACUGUAGGAAGAGUCCGUUGGCAGUAUUCUCAUUGCUUCUUAUAGCAGAUCUACUUGCAGUGACUAUAAGAAGAGCAUUAUGGGAGUCCCCUCAUUGCUUUGUAUAGCAGAACUCCUUACAGUGCCUGUAAUAGGCAUUGUACUAUCUAUGUGUAUAUGACCAUACUUUGGUUGCAAUUAACACGAGGUCUCCCGUCUUUAUAUUUCUAUAACCUAAAUAAAGCCGCUGUGAAAUCAGGAGGAAAGGAUAAAUUGCUCUCCUCGUGUGCGCACAAAGAGUGUUUCUUUGCCUCCUUCUUUGCCGCAACCUGCAUCCAGCGCAAUCGCUACACAAGAAGUAUUGAACCCUACAAUAGUAACUAAAUGUAAUCUGCAUAUUUAGUCUCCCGAUUGCAUGUUUGGGGUCAGCGGCUGUGUAAUUACCGGUACUGCUGGCAGGCGGAUCAUGUAUAACUACUCAUCAGAGAACAAUCUUGCACAACAUUUGGCCUGAAAUAACCUCCCCGGCUGCAUUGUAUUGUUCCAGCGAUAUCCCCUUCUAAUUUACACUAAAUAAUCUUCAUGUUGAUGUCUUUCAAUCACCAUAAAGCAAUUGUGGGAACAAAUAGUAUUUCUCCCUUGUCAGGAGAGAGAAACAAAUGGCUGUGCUAAUAAGGAAACGCAUAGUUUAGAACCGCUAGGUGUAAAAUAAUGAUUACAUUUCCACCCCAGAGGAUUGCAACGAUGGAGGAAAAGCUAGACCCGGGCGCUGCUGGGAAUAUCUGGCCCGUGGUGCAGAAUACAGAGUCUCUACCUGGUGCUAGCAGUGUGGUAGCGUGCUUUCAUGGCGGACUGUAUGCCCCACGCCAGGUGCGCACGCCCGAUGUCUGUCUCUGGGGUAUUCUGUAACGAGUUUAUUGCUGGAAGUAUUCGUUUCUCUGAGCAAAGUCUUCCAGUUUUCUUUUAACACUAAGAAAUGUGCAAACUGUGAUCUUGGCCUACUAACCUCUACUGUGGGUACUGUCAAGUUGCCUUUUAAUCUCAGGUUGAUUUUCAUUAUGUUUAAAGGGUAUGUGAUUUCUUCUACAUGAAAUAUUGGUUGUUUCAAAUAAAUAUUCAUCCGUUUUCUGAAAA